UUUCAGAGUUAGUUUCUCAACUUAAGGGACCGUCGUAGAAGUGACAACAGGAUUAAGGUCAAGUUAAAUUCCACCACUGCCUGAAUCUUCCCAUUUGAGAUAAAAGACAAAUAAGGACUUAAUUCUGGAAGUGCAGACCACUCAAUACUCUGUGUGUUCGUGUUCCUGUAUGAAGAAAACUUUUUCUUUAAUUGAUAGAUGAAACCGGAAAGCACGUGGUCAUGUGCCUGGCGUUUCUUCCCCCCAAACAGGAGCGAGAAUCUCAACAGUUUGCACCUAAGUGGUUUCCCAGGCCCAGAGCAACAGGGACUUGGGGAGUGACAGUGUGUAGGACCGCACACCCCGCUCUGCCGCUUUCUCCCCCCGCCCCCCAAACCCCGGGAGGAGGAGGAGGAGCAGAAGAACCGAAAGGAAACGCGCGCGGCUGGGUCCGCGGGCUUCGGAGCCGGCAUGGAGCUGCGGGUGCUCCGGCGGCUCUGGCUCCUUUGCUGCUGGUGGUGCUGCGGCGCGGGCCCCGGAGCAGGUCCCGGGGCCACCUUCACCCGGACUGGACCGCGGAGCCGCGAGCGACAGGAGGCCGCCUUCCGGGAAAGUCUUAAUAGACAUCAAUAUUUGAAUUCUUUAUUUCCUAGUGAAAAUUCCUCUGCCGUCUAUGGAAUAAAUCAGUUUUCAUAUUUAUUUCCUGAAGAGUUUAAAGCUAUUUACUUGAGAAGCAAACCUUUCGCAUUCCCCAAAUAUGAAGCAGAAGUGCCAGAGCCCAUCCCCAUGGAUGGCAACAUAUCUUUGCCUUUAAGAUUUGACUGGAGAGACAAGCAUGUUGUAACACUAGUGAGAAACCAGCAGGCGUGCGGAGGGUGCUGGGCCUUCAGCGUGGUAGGUGCAGUGGAGUCAGCAUAUGCGAUAAAAGGGAAGCCUUUGGAAGACCUAAGCGUGCAGCAGGUCAUUGACUGUUCAUACAGCAAUUACGGCUGCAAUGGAGGCUCUACGCUCAGUGCUUUGAACUGGCUGAAUAAGACACAGGUAAAGCUGGUGAGAGAUUCAGAAUACCCAUUUAAAGCACAGAAUGGCCUCUGCCAUUACUUUUCCGACUCACAUUCUGGAUUUUCAAUCAAAGGUUAUUCUGUACAUGACUUCAGUGACCAAGAAGACAAAAUGGCAAAAGCGCUUCUUACCUUUGGUCCUUUGGUAGGGAUCGUAGAUGCCGUGAGCUGGCAAGAUUAUCUGGGAGGGAUCAUUCAGCAUCACUGCUCUAGUGGAGAAGCCAAUCAUGCAGUGAUCAUAACUGGGUUUGACAAAACAGGAAGUACUCCAUAUUGGAUUGUGCGGAACUCAUGGGGAAGUUCAUGGGGAGUGGAUGGCUAUGCCCAUGUCAAAAUGGGAGGGAAUAUUUGCGGUAUUGCAGAUUCUGUCUCUGCCGUAUUUGUAUGAUAUAUUGAUCGGAUCAAGAAACAACCACAAAAAUGAAGGUUCAUAAUGAAAUGUAUCUGGUACUGCAUUCUCGGCAUUAUUUACCUUUAGGUUUUAGCAAAUACCCACAAAAGUUUCUAGGGCCUAGUAGCAUUUAAACUAAGUUCUAGAAUGUCCCCUUCUUAUGUGGAGACAUGGGCAACUAUAGUCAUUUGGAAGAACACCAGCACUGAGUCCUGAGAGACAAUUUCCUACGCUGGACUGAGUCUCAAAUUAGGAGCUAUCUUAGGUCUCUUUAUUUUGAAGAGGCUAUUAGCUGGUUUUGUUUGAUUGCUGUUUUGUUUGUUUUUUUAUGUGUUUAUUCUUAAUGUCAUACUUCAGGUAGAAUUAAAGAGGUGAUAAGAAUGUCUUUUCCUUUGUGGAAUAUAACCACUGCAUUAGCUUACCCGUAUAUACAAGAAUAGCCAACGUAAAAUUAUGUGUGCCUCUCACAGUUAUACUCUCACCCUCUGAGAUUAAAUUUUAUAAGGAUUUUGAAAUACCAAUAGCUUUACCUUAACAAAUAGCACUUAUCCCUUAAACUGCAGGGAGACCAUGUAGUCAGGAACAAAAGGACAAAAAUCACUUUUUUACAAGGUUAAAAUUAAAUGACAAUAAAUUAUAUGGCAACUGUGUGAUAAGAACAGCUCAAGUAGCAUUGCCUGAGGGACAAAUUAAUUAUUUGGAAAUUUUCAUUGUCAAGAAGAUUCCACUAGACUUCAUUUCUUACUUUGAUCUCCCUAUAUUGAAGGACAAUAUAUUUUUCCAUAUUUUCCCACUCUCUUUCUCUUACUCUUUACUGUGAUACUCCUAAGUGUUCCUGGUUGUUUGACUUCCCUGGCUAAGAAAUCUCAUUGUUUAUUUUUCACUUCUACAACUAUAUAUUUUGUUCUUUCUAAGCCACAAACAUCAAGUUCUUACCUUUCUCUUUUUCCCAUUAUUUGUAGGUAAUAUGCCUUUCAAAGUCUAAUGCCAUUAAUCUGGGGUAUUAGCUAGAAUGCGAGUUUCUCAGGCUCUCCAUUUUCCCAGUUUCCUGCAUAUGCUUCCCAGACUCCCAUUCUAACUACUUUGCUGUGCAUCCAUUUGGCUUUCACCCAGUUCUUAAUUCUUCAUGCCCAUGUUCCUUGCCUAAAUCAUCAUGUGUGGCUGGGGAACAACCUCAUAGCAUAAGAGUUGAUCUUUAGAUUAUACAACAGUAUUAAA